CUGCAGCUGUGAAUCAGUGAAGAACGAUGGCGUCUGAUAAAGUGCUGCUUCUGAACUCACUGAAGGACUUGAGAGAAGCUGAACUGAAGGAGUUUCAGUGGCACUUAAAGAAUGAUCAUGAAUCUAUAUCAGAGUCUGAAAUGGAAAAAGCAGAUAGAUUAAAAACUGUGGAUAAGAUGGUGAAGUGUUUUGGACCAGAAGAAGCUGUGAAGAUCAAAGUCGGCAUCCUAAAGAUGAUGAACCAGAAUAAUCUGGCUGAGCAGCUGGAGAACAAACAUAAGCAAGUUGACAAAGCUCCAGUCCGGAAGUCAAAGCUGAAAAUGGUGCCAGUGUAAAUGCUCCUGUAUUGACUGGAAACACCUUCACUGGACCAGUAACCUUUUAUAAAUAGGGCUGCCAAAU